AUGGCUUCAAUAGUGAUGGGUAUCCUCAAAGCAACUGUAGGCAAGCUGCUGAAUAAAGGAAGAAAAAUGGUUGCGGACAGACUUAAGGAAGGCGAUGUUACAGAUGAGCAGUUUCGUACACUGAUCGUAAAUGAAAUCGACGAAAUCAAGUCGAAGCUAGACGGAAUAGCAAGAGCAAACUUGCUAGCGAGUAUCAGCUUUUUCAAGGAAGGCAUUUUAUACCUCUAUAACGUGUUGGACUUGAAAGCCAGAGACGAAAUUGCAAAUAAAACAGCCUACGAAGCAGAGAAGACAGACAAAGAAAACAGAAAGGUCAACUUGGGCUCCUCAGCGGCAAGUGUCGAACAUGUUUCUCUUGCGAAGGAACUGAAAAGCCUACAGCUAACAAACUACAAUGAUCCAGCAACAAGAGCCCUUUCUGACGCAAAAAGUCGGUUUAAAGAUGCUAGAAGAAAGGCAACAGAGGCCUUUAGCAAUGAAGCAUUAAGCACUUCUGAUCGCCUCCUCUCGAUGAAGUUUCGUGUCAUGUCAACAUUGCUAGAAAAAAUAGAUGUACCAGAAGACGCACUUUUGGCGUGUAGACUGUGUCUUGAAGAGCUGCAUGCUGUUCCAGCGAUCCAGGAAAGCUUUAAGGUUCAGCUUACAAAGAGUUUCAAGUCUCGGUUUAACAAGUCUGAGCGUAAAGAAAUAAUCACUUCCGUUUGUCGCCUGAACAGAGCCAUCUUUGACGUUGCGCAAAUAGUCAGGGAAGACACUAAUUUAUUUCUGUGGCCUUGUAUUGAUACAGGAGAAGGUAAAGUCGAUCUGUUGCUUGACUAUAGAGUAGUCGAAGAACACUGCCAGCUUGAUAUUGAACCGUUUUGUAUUAAAUCGUUGGCCCUCAGUCACGACCCUGAACAGGAACUACACAAACGGAGGUCAGCGUGGAUUAUGACCACCAACACUCGAGGAGAAAUUUUUAUUUUGGACAGAGCAGUUGAUGAAGUGAUGUCUCGAAUUAAAGUGUUUUCUUCUAACGGAGAGCUUCAAAGGUCGUCACCCCUUUCUAUACCUUUUUCUACAUUUGAAUUUAUGGAAAUUGCGAUGGCUACCGAUGAAGAAGACAAGAUUUACGUACUAGGUAACUGCACUUUUCCCGGUGAAAUGUUCAACACAAAGUUUGUGUUUGUGUUUGAUAAGAAUAUUACUCUGCAUCAUGGAUAUGAGCUUAGUGAUCUGCAGUCCUGUUACCCGCGAAGGUUUCUUGUUGGCGACAACAACAAACUGUUCUUAUCAGCAAAGAAUUCGGAUAUACGAGUGUUCAACACGAACGGAUACCUAGAACGGAGGUUUGGAGCAGGGUUUUUAGAAAGCCCAACGGACAUGGCUUACAUCAACACCGGCAAAUUACUGGUAUUGGACGGUAAUCAUGUUCAUAUUUUCAGCGAAGAGGGUGUUCACCAAGUGCAGUUUAAGCUAGCCGUAUCCGUACCAUUUAAACCUGAAUUCUUAGUAUUUCAUCACUUAAAUAACCAAGUCUUGGUUUUUUGUAGGAACAUGGGGUAUUGUGGAAAAUCGCGUUCCACACCCGAAUAUACAGAAAUUCUUCUCAGUCUUUACACCAUAAGUGGUGUGUUUGUUCGCGACAUUCAUCUGCGCAUAAAAGGAGAAUUGCUCUUCACAUCCGCUAAAACAGUCACAAAGAAAGGACGUGUCAUAGUGGGUGUAAAUGAUUCCUUUGGUAGACCGAGUGUUCUUGUAUUGUGA